AUUCACCAAGAUGUUAGUUGUUCUUGCUAUCUCUUUGGCAGUUACCGCAGUUUGUGCUCAAUACGGAUCAGGACCAGCCAAUAAUCCACCGGCUUCUUCCUAUUCAUCAAAUGUUUACUAUCCACCUCCGGUUUAUGGAUCAGUGUACUGGGAUUACGAUAGUGGAAGUCGUGAACAUCGUCAUAAACAGUGCCCACGUUUGAGAGCAUAUGUGGGUGAGUUCCCUGGUAUCCCUGAGGAAGCAUUCUAUCCACCAAUCAUUCGAUAUGUCAAAUACAACAGAAAAGUGACUGCUCUUGUUGUCUGUGAUAGAGAUGAAAAGAAUUUGAACUUCCUUUUCGCUCGUCACAACAAAACUCGUGAUGUCCGUUCUGCCAGUGUUGUCGCUAUUGGAAGCACCGCCGGUGUCACUCUCGUUUGUAAUCGCGAUGACAGAAGAUAUGAGGGAUUUGUUAUUGAUAUGAAUGCAACUACAAACGGAUUCUCUAAGAAAAUCGAAAUCACGCAACUCACUUGUCUUGGACUCGACAAAACUAUUAUUGGUCUUCCUGUGGAACACGGAGUACAACAACUGGCGCAAAAGAUUCAGGAAAUUUUGGAAGAUGACUUCUUCGUUCCAGUUAUUCCGUCGAGAAGGAAGAGACAAGCUGGUGGAGCAACUGCUAACAGCGCUGAAUCCACGACUGAAGCAGCUGACACCGAAUCCACAACUGAAGCCGCUGCCACCGAAACUCCUGCCGCCGAAUCUACCACAACUGAAGCUUCCGCUACUGACGCUGCCGCCACCGAAGCUUCCGCUACCGAUGCCGCCGCCACCGAAGGUGCUGUCACCAAAGCUGCUGCCGGAGUUACAGAAGAAUCAGCUACGGAAGUGAUCACUGUAGCAACAACACCAGCUUCACCAGAUGCGGCGCUUAAUAAUGCUAUUAACGAAUUGGGAAAAAUUCUCGGUCAAGUUUUCUAAAUGCAUUUCGAUUUUAAUUGUUUAAUAUGUCAAUUGAUUAUUGAAUAAAAGUCAAUGAAAGCU